AUGGAGAAGGCCGUGUUCGGAGAUGCCAAAUUUGCGAGCGUCAACGUGAUCUACGACUAUAAGAACAAUAAAACAUUUAAUGCAAAAGUAGAUGCUGACGGCGACCUGACAUGCCCUUCAGCUCUGCAGUGUGGCAACAAAAGUAUCGGUGGCCUACGGGAAUGCCAAACCAUCAGUGUUGAAAUAUCUCACCAGUCAUGUGCUAAUCACAAAACUUUACCGUUACACGUACCACCAGGCCCUGAAAACUUCCGGUUAGUGGAGUGCGUACAGAAGGAAAAAGCCAACACGUCUAUUUGUUUACGCUGGGAAACAGUCGGAACGCCGGGCGCGUCGGGCUGUGACACAAAGGAAAUUAAGUACAGGCAUCGGUGUGAAAAUAAUUCGACUGAUGCGGAGGAAUUUGAAAUAACAAACCUUGAACCCCACCGUAACUAUAGUUGUUCUUCAGAAGUAUUCUAUGGAAACCACCGCGUGGUUGAAAAGCAAGGGACCAUUCAAACAGAUUUUGGGGCUCCAGGCAAGCCUUCAAAUGUUACCUGUACAGCUGCCAGUGCAACAGAGGGAAAGGCUACCUGGGACUCUCCUCAAUCUAUUUUUCAUAAUUUUAGUCUUUGUUACUAUCGCCUGAAUUCAGGUUCCCAAAAUUGCAUCGACCUGAGUAAAAAUGUGAAGGAACAUUAUUUGUCCAAUUUGGACCCUUAUACAAAUUAUGAAGUGUCAGUACAGGCCUAUGUCGUUGGAAAAAUACGACGUGAUGGAGAGGCUCGGACCUGUGAAUUUCGGACAGCCUCAGCAGCCCCCAGCCAGGUCCGGAACCUCGUGGUGGAGGCCAAGUCCGACAACACCAUGCAGGUGACCUGUGACCCGCCCGAGCGCUUCAACGGCCCCAGCACACAUCUGUACAUACUGGAGGUCCUAACGGGGGGCAUUGCGGUGAAGAGGGACUCGCAGAAGACGUGCCGGUUCCUGGUGAAGGAGCUGCACUACUCCACACAGUACACCUUUGAGGUCUACUACCACAAUGGGGACUAUAGUGGGGAUCCAAAUAGAGCUUCUAAAUCAACAUCCUACAAUUCCAAAGCACUGAUCUCAUUCCUGGUGUUUCUGAUCGUUGUGACAUCCAUCGCCCUGAUGGUCGUUCUCUAUAAAAUCUACGACCUGCACAAGAGGAGGUCCAGCAAUUUGGAUGAAGAACAGGAGCUGGUGGUCAGGGAUGACGAGAAACAGCUGAUGACCGUGGAGCCCAUCCACGCGGACGUUUUGCUGGAGACGUACAAGAGGAAGAUCGCGGACGAGGGGAGACUCUUUCUGGCCGAAUUCCAGAGCAUCCCCCGCGUCUUCAGCAAGUUCCCCAUCAAGGAGGCUCGCAAGUCCUUCAACCAGAACAAGAACCGCUACGUGGACAUCCUGCCCUAUGACUACAACCGUGUGGAGCUGUCGGAGAUCAACGGGGACGCGGGGUCCAACUACAUCAACGCCAGCUACAUCGAUGGUUACAAGGAGCCGAGGAAGUACAUCGCUGCGCAAGGUCCCAGGGAGGAGACGGUGGACGAUUUCUGGAGGAUGAUCUGGGAACAGAAAGCCACGGUCAUUGUCAUGGUCACCCGAUGCGAAGAAGGAAACAGGAACAAGUGCGCGGAGUACUGGCCGUCGAUGGAGGAGAGCGCCCGGGAGUACGGCGAUGUCCUCGUGAAGGUCACGGACUACAAGACCUGCCCAGAUUACAUCAUCCAGAAGUUCAGCAUCACCAACAAAAAAGAGAAGAUCGCCGGGAGGGAGGUGACACACGUCCAGUUCACCAGCUGGCCGGACCACGGGGUGCCCGAGGACCCCCACCUGCUCCUCAAACUGCGCAGGAGGGUCAACGCCUUCAGCAACUUCUUCAGCGGCCCCAUCCUGGUGCACUGCAGCGCUGGCGUCGGGCGCACGGGCACCUACAUCGGCAUCGACGCCAUGCUGGAGGGCCUGGAGGCGGAGAACCGGGUGGACGUGUACGGCUACGUGGUCAAGCUGCGGCGGCAGCGGUGCCUGAUGGUCCAGGUGGAGGCGCAGUACAUCCUGAUCCACCAGGCCUUGGUGGAGUACAACCAGUUUGGGGAGACGGAGGUGAGCCUGUCCGAAUUCCACCCGUACCUGUCCAACAUGAAGAAGAGGGACCCGCCCAGCGAGCCGUCCCCACUGGAGGCUGAAUUCCAGAGACUGCCUUCGUACCGGAGCUGGAGGACACAGCACACGGGCAACCGAGAGGAAAACAAGAGCAAGAACAGGACUUCCUCCGUCAUCCCGUAUGACUACAACAGAGUGCAGCUCAGGCACGAGCUGGACGUGAGCAAGGAGAGCGAGCACGAGUCGGACGAGUCCUCGGACGAUGACAGCGACACAGAGGACCCGGGCAGAUACAUCAACGCCUCCUUCAUCAUGAGUUACUGGAAACCUGAAGUGAUGAUUGCAGCGCAGGGACCCCUGAAGGAGACCAUCGGGGACUUCUGGCAGAUGGUCUUCCAGAGGAAGGUCAAGGUCAUCGUCAUGCUGACUGAGCUGAAGAACGGAGACCAGGAGGCCUGUGCUCAGUACUGGGGAGAAGGCAAGCAGACCUUCGGAGACCUGGACGUUCACACGAAAGAAACCAGCCCGUCUCCAGCCUACACCCUCCGUGUGUUCGAGCUGAGGCAUUCCAAGAGGAAAGAGCCCCGCACCGUGUACCAGUAUCAGUACAGCAGCUGGGGCGCGGAGGAGCUCCCCGCGGCACCCAAGGACUUGGUCUCCAUGGUCCGGGACCUCAAGCAGCAGCUGCCCCGGAGGAGAGCCGCAGAAGGGAGCAAGCACCACAGGAACGUGCCGGUCCUGGUUCACUGCAGAGAUGGGUCGCAGCAAACAGGGCUAUUCUGUGCUCUGUUUAAUCUCCUGGAAAGCGCCGAGACGGAAGAUGUGGUCGACGUUUUCCAAGUGGUGAAAUCUCUGCGCAAGGCCAGGCCAGGAAUGGUCUCUACGUUUGAGCAGUACCAGUUCCUGUAUGACGUCAUUGCCAGCACCUACCCGGCCCAGAACGGACAAGUGAAGAAGAACCCCAAUCGAGAGGACAGCGUCGAGUUCGACAGCGAAGUGGACAAACCCAAGCCGGAGGCCAAUUGUGUGAGCCCGGCCAGCGCCCCCGAGAAGGCCCGGGCAGAAAGCAGAGCGCAGCAGGACGACCCCAAGCCCAGCAGCAGCCCCGAGGGGCCAGACGGCGCGGCCAACGGCCCCGAGAGCCCGGCGCUGACCCAGAGCGCGUAGGGGAGGCGCCGAGGACGGGGCGGCGCCACACCUCCCUCCCGAUGCCGCUUCUGUGUUCCUACAAGUGGGAGGACAACGCGGGCGUCCCGUGGAUUCCCGGGGGGCCUCGGACCGAUGUUGGGGGGAAGCUUCGGUCGUGCUGCCGUAGGCCGUAUUUAAGACAGCUUUGUACAGUCCCCUGCUGGUGUGCACCUUCUAUCUUUCAGCAAAAGUAACUUCUUUGUAGUCUCGGCGUGUGUGCUUGGGGGUGUGUCUGUGAGACAGAGAGAGAGGGGGUAGGUAUUUCAAGUGCAUCUAUGGGCUCGUGAGAAACGGGUGGUUUUUUUUUGUUUUUUUUUUUUAAAGAAACAGUGUUUUUUACUGCAAGUGUUAGCUUAGAGCAUCUAUUUUCUUACAUCAUGCCUGGCGGGCCGGCUGGCAGAAUCACAUGUACGUUUCCACAGCGACCUGCAGGUGUCCUCGCCGUUCUAUGCACACAGACCUUACAGUUCACUGCGUUUCUCUUCCAGGCGUAGGCAUAGAAGUAAAAAGGGCAUGUACUUUUUACUUCUAUGCCUACACAGGAAAGCGAACGAAAUUGACGGGCAGAAACCUUACACUCCAUAUGUUAGCAGUUUUCCUGCGGCCUCUCGGCCGGCUCAUUUCACCCAAUUUUAAGAAUUUCAGGCAAAGGCUUCCUAUCCUUCACACGGUUGUUUACAUUUUCUGCAAGAAGGAGAAAUCUCUGUAUAAUGUGGGACAUUUGUUGCUGGUUUCUUUUGACCCCCCCCAAAAUUAUAUGUCUGUUAGAAUGGAACUUAGAAAAUAAAAUGAAAAUAAACGCCUUUAAACAAA